AUGGAAGUGACUCAAGUCAAGAAGAAAUGCAACGCGGAGGACGAAGAUGAUGAGAAAAUGGAGCGUCUGCACGACGACGAGGACGAUCCAUCUUUUGUCGUCAUUUUGAAUAAUCCGUUUUGGGCGCGGUCGACGGAUGAGCAAAAGCCGCACUUGACGGUCAAAUCUGCUGCUGCUGCUGCCGCUGCGUCUUCUUCGCCGCCUUUUGUUUCUUCGAGUGGCAACACGACGCGCCAAUGUCCUCCGGUGGCGUCGCCAUUGUCGGCCGAACAGUUGCCGCCGGAUUGGGCCGAUUUAUUGGCCAUCUCGAUACGAUCACCUCGUGGCACGUCGGCCGUCAUGUUAUCGCCGCCGCCGCCGCAGCCGCCGCAGCCGGAAGGGGGGCGAAACGCCGAAACGAGCAAGAAAACGACGACGCGGACGAGCCGGCAAAGCAGCGGCGCCACCAGCAGCCGACGUGGUCCGCUCGUCAAACAGAAGAAACAUCACUGCCAAUCGGUUGAAGAUCUUUUAUUGACCACUGCAAACUCUUGUUCCAACUAUGCGUUGCCAUCAGCAGCGUCUCCGCCAUCGGCGCGAGAUGCUGGCCGCGCCGUGCCCUGCAGUUGCACGUGCCCGGCUUCCUUUCCUGCACAUCGCCAACAACACUCUUCAUCGUCUUCUUGUUCAUCUUUAUCGUCCGCCGUUGGCCCACCACCACCACCACCACCACCACCACCGGCACAAGUACAAGCAGCAACAGCAGCAGCCACGGGACGACGAACUUGCAGCUUCGAAGAGCCGGCCAGUGCCAGUGAUGGUCAUCAUUUGAAACCGUCGUCUGGUGUGGUGGUGGUGGUGGUGGGGGGCAACGAGGUGCGCGCGAGAUGUCCGUCGGUGGCUGGCCGGGUGGUGAGUGUCAGUGAUGUGGCGGCUGAUGGCAGUGCGACCAGUGGUGAUGCCGUAGCGAAGCCAAUGCCAAGUGCGGCUGGUGUGGCAGGAGGCACAACAGGAGCCGCCGGAUUGCGACAGUCUCGCCAGCAGAGCGUCGAAUCGCGUGCCAGCAGUUCGAUCCCGACGGCCACCCUAUUGGCUGGCCACGGCCACGGCCACCAUCGUCAGGUCGUUGCAGGAGCUGGUGGUAGCAGCAGCGCAGGUGGAGGUAGUAACGGCAAUAGCAGCAGCAAAACGGGACCGAUCGAAGACGGAGCGCCGCUGCCGGCCGCCUUUGAGCCCGUCCCGCUCAACUUGUACGGCAAACCCCUUCAGGAAAUUGAUCCCACCGUCAGAGACAAGGUGAACUCCACUACACCACCACCAUCACCACCACCGCUACCACCCACUCGCAAUAUCAGACAUGGCCGGUUGAUAUUUCUUGGACCUUACAGUUUUUUGUUGUUGUACCUUACGGCCUUUAUUUGUUGUUGUGUCGAGUAG